AUGAGUAUGUUGAAACCAAGUGGACUUAAGGCUCCUUCAAAGACCAUCAAACAUGGGAGUACGUUGCUGAAAACACCCACACCUGUUGCAGCUGCUCCAGCAGAAAAAGCAGCUUCCAGUGAAAAGACCUCAAGCACGACCACAGCAGAUGCACAUGAAGAGUUUGUGGAUGAUUUUCGAGUUGGGGAGCGCGUUUGGGUCAACGGAAACAAACCUGGCUUUAUUCAGUUCCUCGGUGAAACACAGUUUGCUCCAGGGCAGUGGGCAGGGAUCGUUCUAGAUGAACCGAUUGGUAAGAACGAUGGCUCUGUGGCUGGAGUUCGCUAUUUCCAAUGUGAACCCUUGAGGGGAAUAUUUACAAGACCGUCAAAAUUGACAAGAAAAGUGCUGACAGAAGAUGAAGCCAAUGGUACACAGACAGCUCAUGCUUCUCGAGCUACGUCACCAACUUCCACGUCUGCUGCUAGUGUGGUGUCUGCGGCCGCUGCUGCGCUUCCGCCUUCAGGAAUUCCACAGAAAACUUCCCCGCUUGCUGCUAAGGAGCAUUCGACUCCUUCUCAGAUUAGCAAUCUUUCAAAAACUGCGAGUGAAUCUAUAUCAAAUCUAUCUGAAGCCGGAUCACUAAAGAAAGGAGAAAGGGAGCUCAAAAUUGGAGAUCGAGUUCUGGUUGGCGGAACAAAAGCCGGAGUCGUGCGUUUCUUGGGAGAAACUGAUUUUGCGAAAGGAGAAUGGUGUGGAGUAGAACUGGAUGAACCUCUGGGAAAGAACGAUGGAGCCGUUGCUGGAACGAGGUAUUUUCAGUGUCAGCCAAAAUACGGUUUGUUUGCUCCGGUCCACAAAGUGACAAAGAUUGGAUUCCCGUCAACCACACCAGCGAAAGCAAAGACGACCGUGCGAAAAGUACUCGCUACUCCCACGGCCCUGAAACGGAGCCCGAGCGCAUCUUCCCUGAGCUCGCUGAGUUCUGUGGCAUCUUCAGUAAGCAGCAAGCCGAGCCGUACAGGACUAUUGACAGAAACAUCCUCCCGGUAUGCAAGAAAAAUUUCGGGUACCACAGCCCUCCAGGAGGCACUGAAGGAGAAGCAGCAGCACAUCGAACAGCUCCUGGCAGAACGCGACCUGGAGAGGGCAGAAGUUGCAAAAGCAACCAGUCACGUAGGGGAAAUAGAGCAGGAAUUAGCUCUUGUUCGCGAUGGACAUGACCGGCAUGUACUGGAGAUGGAGGCAAAAAUGGACCAGCUACGAGCUAUGGUGGAGGCUGCUGACAGGGAGAAAGUGGAGCUUCUCAAUCAGCUUGAGGAAGAGAAAAGGAAAGUUGAAGACCUUCAGUUCCGUGUGGAGGAAGAAUCCAUUACCAAAGGAGACCUAGAGCGAAAGAGGCAGAUUUCGGAAGACCCAGAAAAUACGCAGACCAAACUGGAGCAUGCCCGCAUUAAGGAGCUUGAACAGAGCCUGCUCUUUGAAAAGACCAAAGCUGACAAACUCCAGAGGGAGUUAGAAGAUACUAGGGUGGCCACGGUAUCAGAAAAAUCUCGCAUCAUGGAACUAGAAAGAGAUCUAGCAUUGCGGGUGAAGGAAGUAGCUGAGCUCCGAGGGAGAUUAGAGUCUAGUAAACACAUCGACGAUGUGGACACUUCUCUUUCGUUGUUACAAGAAGUCAGUUCUUUGCAAGAAAGAAUGGCCACGCUUAGCAAAGAACAUCAGAACGAGAUGAAUUCACUGAAAGAGAAGUUCGGCAUUAGUGAAGAGGCAUUGCAGAAAGAGAUCAAAUCCCUUUCAGCUUCGAAUGAGAGAGUGGCAAAAGAAAACGAGUCCUUGAAAACGAAGCUGGAUCACGCCAACAAGGAAAAUUCCGAUGUAAUAGAGCUAUGGAAGUCGAAGCUGGAGUCUGCAAUUGCCUCCCAUCAGCAAGCAAUGGAAGAACUAAAAGUUUCUUUCAGCAAGGGUGUAGGGGCUGAGACAGCAGAAUUUGCCGAGUUAAAGACUCAGAUUGAGAAGAUUAAAUUAGACUAUGAAAAUGAGAUGUCAAAUUUAAAGCUGAAGCAGGAAAAUGAAAAAUCUCAUCAUUUAAAAGAGAUAGAGUCGCUGAAAGCAAAGCUGUUGGCAGUCACAGAGGAGAAAGAUCAAACCCUGGAAAGCCUGAAGACCAAACUGGAAAGCGUGGAAGAUCAGCAUCUAGUAGAAAUGGAAGACACUUUAAACAAAUUGCAGGAAGCUGAAAUAAAGGUAAAGGAGCUAGAGGUACUGCAAGCCAAGUACAAUGAACAAACCAAAGUUAUUGAUAGUCUUACACCACAGAUCAAAGCUGCUGAAGAAAAGCUUUUGGACCUUGCUGCACUUCAGAAAGCCAAUUCUGAAGGUAAAUUGGAAAUCCAGAAACUUAGCGAGCAGCUUGAGGCAGCUGAGAAACAAAUUCAGAAUUUAGAGACUGAAAAGAUUGAUGGAAGUAGCAAGGCUAGUAAUCUGGCCAAAGAACUGCAGGGCAAAGAGCAAAAGCUUCUUGACCUUGAGAAAAACUUGAGUGCAGUAAAUCAAGUUAAAGAUUCUUUGGAAAAGGAACUUCAAGUUUUGAAAGAAAAGUUUACUAGUGCAGCUGACGAAGCAGAAAACGUUCAACAAACUAUGCAAGAAACAAUAAAAAAACUAAACCAAAAAGAAGAGCAGUUUGCACUCAUGUCUUCAGAACUGGAACAGCUGAAGUCUAGUUUGACUGAGAUGGAGAAGAAACUGAAGGAGAGAGAAGAGAGAGAACAGCAACUGAUAGAAGCUAAAAGCAAACUUGAAAAUGAUAUCGCAGAGAUCAUGAAGUCUUCAGGAGACAGCUCUGCCCAGCUUACGAAAAUGAAUGAUGAGCUCCGGUUAAAAGAAAGGCAGUUGGAGCAAAUACAACUUGAGCUUACAAAAGCAAAUGAAAAGGCUGUUCAGCUUCAGAAAAAUGUGGAGCAGACAACACAGAAAGCUGAGCAGAGUCAGCAAGAAACUCUCAAGAUUCAUCAAGCAGAACUGAAAAAUAUGCAGGAUCAACUAAUGGACAUGAAAAAGCAAAUUGAGAUGAGCCAGAAUCAGUAUAAGGACCUUCAGGCAAAGUACGAAAAGGAAACUUCCGAGAUGAUCACUAAACAUGACGCGGAUAUCAAGGGGUUUAAGCAGAACUUGCUGGAUGCAGAAGAGGCACUGAAAACUGCACAAAAGAAGAAUGACGAGUUAGAAACGCAGGCUGAGGAGCUGAAAAAGCAAGCGGAACAGGCCAAAGCUGCCAAAAUGGCAGAAGAUGUGUUCCAGACCGUGGAGAAGGUGACCAAAGAGAAGGAUGCCAUUCACAAAGAAAAGAUUGAAACUUUGGCCUCUUUGGAGAACUCUAGGCAGACAAACGAGAAGCUACAGAAUGAAUUGGACAUGCUUAAACGAAACAACCUGAAAAAUGAAGAGGAACUUAAUAAAUCAAAAGAGCUUCUAAAUCUGGAGAACAAGAAAGUGGAAGAGCUUACAAAAGAAUUCGAAGCGCUGAAGCUGGCAGCAGCUCAGAAGUCCCAGCAGCUCGCCGCUUUGCAAGAGGAGAACGUGAAACUUGCCGAGGAGCUGGGCAGGAGCAGGGACGAAGUCACAAGUCACCAGAAGCUGGAAGAGGAGAGAUCAGUACUCAAUAACCAGUUAUUAGAGAUGAAAAAGAGAGAAUCAACAUUAAAAAAAGAAAUCGAUGAAGAGAGAGCAUCUUUGCAAAAAUCCAUCAAUGUUACUAGUGCCUUGAUCACAGAAAAGGAUGAGGAACUGGAAAAACUCAGAAACGAGAUCACAGUGCUCCGUGGAGAAAACGCUUCGGCAAAAACCUUGCAGUCGGUGGUUAAGUCACUGGAGUCUGAUAAAUUGAAACUCGAGGAAAAGGUGAAGAACUUGGAGCAAAAACUCAAGGAAAACAACGAACAGCCUUUAAGUGUAACUAGCUCCCCAGGUAAAAAAAAGAGAGAGAGAGAGAGAGCGCGCCUCUUUACUAUCGACUUCCUGAAUUCAGUGAUAGUAGAUCUGCAGAGGAGAAACGAAGAAUUGAACUUGAAAAUACAAAGAAUGUGUGAAGCAGCCCUCAACGGCAAUGAAGAGGAGAUAAAUAACUAUGACAGUGAAGAAGAGAGCCUGUCGAAGAAGAAGCCUCGUCUCUUCUGCGAUAUCUGUGGCUGCUUUGACCUUCACGACACCGAGGACUGCCCGACCCAGGCGCAGAUGCUGGAGGAGACUCCCCACUCGGCUUACCACGGCAGCCGGCGAGAGGAACGCCCCUACUGCGACACCUGCGAGAUGUUCGGGCACUGGACGGCCGACUGCAACGACGAUGAGACCUUCUAA